AUGGCGAAUGUCGCAUUAAUUGGUGGUACGGGUAUGGUGGGCUCCCAUAUCCUCGCCAGUCUUAUUUCUAACCCCGCUGUAACCCGUGUGGACACAAUCUCCCGCCGUACCCCGCCAGUCACUGGCGAUACGCCCCCAGCCAAACUCACCAACUUCGUCUCCGGCGAUACCGCCACCUGGGCAAGCCAGCUCUCCUCCCUGUCCCCGACUCCCAGCAUCUUCUUUUCCGCCUUUGGAACCACAAAAGCUGCUGCAGGCGGGUUCGACAACCAAUACAAAAUCGAGCAUGGGUUGAACGUCGAAUUGGCCAAGGCCGCACACGAAGCUGGUACCAAGGUCUACGUGCUGAUCUCCUCUGCCGGUGCCAACAAGGAUUCCAACAUUGCCUACUCCCGCAUGAAGGGUGAAAUUGAGGAGGAUAUCAAGAAGCUCGGCUUUGAGCGCAUGGUUAUCCUACGUCCUGGGAUGAUUGCUGGUACUCGCGAGGAAAGCCGGCCACUCGAGGCUGGGAUUCGGUUCAUUGCUAAUUGGGCUGGCAAGGUGCACCCCAGUCUGAAAGAUGGGUGGGCUCAGGAGGCGGAUGUUAUUGGCAAAGCUGCUGUCAAUGCUGGUCUCAAGGCUCUAGAAGGUGAUGUUCCUGAGGGCAGUGAGAAGGUUUGGACCUUGUUUGGCAGUGAUAUUAUUAAAUACGGCAAGGAAGCCUCGUCUUGA